UUUGAGACUUAAUCGGAUCGAAUAGCUCGUUGGAGCUUAUUGGGUUCUGAUACCAUGAUGAAAGGGUAAAGAGACGAUAGAAAGCUGUAUUUUUAUUAUUCUGAAUUGUCUACAUAUAUGUUGGUGGGAGCCUUCAAUGAUUCCCAAAUUAUAGAUACAAAUUGAUAUGAUGAAACUAAAUAUGGAAAACACUAGUGUGGAUGAUUUCAUGCGAUAAUAUCGUCCAAUCUGUGAAUUUUCCAAUACAAGUCUGUGUUUGUGAAAAUUAUUGUUCUUCGGUACUUUUAAAUUUUAAUGUUGUUUUCUAACGGUGACUAAUUCUCUUAUAAUUGCUAUGAAUAUACAGAAAAAAUUGAGGUUGCUCAAUUAUUUUAGCUUUCAAUGUUAAUCUUAACACUAUCAACACAAACUAGCAAUAUCGGAAAGUGAGAGAAAAAAGCAUAGCACACUAGACAACACGAGAACAUAGUAAAGGUUGGUUUUACUCAAAAUAAAAUCGAAUCAUUCUCUAUUAUCAUGGUAAACAAGAUUGAGCAUUGUAUUAUUCGAAGCAUAAAAGUUGCUAUGAUGAUAAGAAUAUAAGUGUAAAAACCCUAAACAAGCAAAAAUAUUGAAAAAAAGUGCUCGAACAUAAUGUUAAACAAGGUAAUAAUUGUAUGAUGUAACAUAAAAAUUGCAAAACCCGAUACUAUGAAACUUAAAUAAGAAAAAGACUAAACUACCAAUAAUAAAGAAACCUAUAAUAUACUAUCUAACCUUCGAAGGUACAGUAAUACACGUUCAUUAACUUUUUAGGGGAAUCUCAAUUGGAUCACUAAAUUUUAAUUUGUCCAGUUUUGGAUUUGAAGGCAAGAAAAAAUUGGGAAUUAUAUUACCAGAAAUCUUCAAUCUUAUUGCCUUAAAAGUUACUGUAGAUUACAUUCCAAUUUAUACAUACUAGAGGACUCAGGGGAUUGCAUCAGAAUAAAUGUGACUAUUACAUAUCCAAGAAGACUCUUUAAAUUACUCAAUCAAUUGUUGGAAUACUAGUAGACACUUGACUAAAAAUAAAGUUCUAGUAAAUGAUUUUGAAUUCAUCAGUGAUCAUUAAUUUGGUUUAUUUUCCAACAUUGCCUCCCGUAAACUAAAUUUGCUUUUCAUUCCAAGUCUCGCAAGCUGUUUCUUGAAGUUUUGACCUCCAAUUGGUUUUGUAAAUACAUCUGAUACUUGAUCUUCUGUUUUGCAGUAUUUGACUUGAAUUAUUCCAUCUUGAACAAGCUCUCUCAAGAAGUGAUACCUCAUACGAAUGUGUUUGGUCCUCCCAUGUAGAACUAGUUCCUUUGUAACAGAAAUUACUGAAUUAUUAUCACACAAAAGAGUUGUAGGAGCAUCCUGCUUGUGAUUUAGAUUCUCCAAAAUCCCUCGUACCAUACAAUUUGGCAGCUAGCAAAAGAUGCCACAAUAUAUUCAGCUUCCGUUGUUGACAGAGCAACAAUUGGUUGUUUCUUCGAACUCCAACAAAUUACUCCACUUCCAAUGCUAAAGGCAUAACUCGACGUACUUUUUCUAUCAUCAACACUUCUAGCAAGAUCACUAUCAGUGUAUCCAAAGAGUGUAAUUGGAACAUUUGCUUGAUAAAAAAUGCCAUAAUCAAUUGUCCCCUUCACAUAUCGUAAAAUUCUUUUAGCAGCUUCCCAAUGUUCUGAAUGUGGUGCUUCCAUGAACCUACUUAUUAAACUCACAGCAAACAUGAUAUCAAGUCUUGUGGCUGUGAGAUACGUUAGAUUUCCCACUAAGCUCUUGAACAUGGUGGUAUUAAUAAGCUUUCCUUCUCCUUCCUUUCUGAGUUCCUGGCCUAAGAUGCAUGGAGUUGAAACAGGAUUUGCAAAUUCCAUCUUAAACCUUUUUAGAAUCUCUCUAGCAUACUGCUCUUGAGUAAUAAAAAUUCCGCUUUCAGAUUAGUGUACUUUAAUACCCAAAAAAUGAUGUAGUUUUCCCAAAUCAAUCAUAUUAAACUCUUUCAUCAUCAAGUCUCUAAAAUUAUCCAACAUGGCCAGAUUAUUUCCAGUGAAGACAAGAUCAUCAACAUAAAGACUUACAAUAAUGAAACUUCCAUCAGAACCAUUUUUGAUGUAGAGAGUAUGUUCAUGUGGACUUCUAUGAAAACCAUUUGUUUCAAAAAAAUGCAUUGAUUCUACUAUACUAAGCCCUUGGUGAUUGUUUUAAACCGUAUAAGGCCUUUUUCAACUUGUAAACUUUAUGCUCUUCUCCCUCUUUCACAAAACCAGGUGGUUGUUCAACAUAAAUCUCUUCUUCAAUAAAACCAUUUAAAAACGUAGAUUUAAUAUCCAUUUGCAAGGGCUUCCAGUUAUUUUGAGCAGCUAGAGAAAUUACAAGCCGAAUAGUGUCAAGUCUAGAGACCGGGGCGAAUACCUCAUUGUAGUCUUCUCAUUUUCUUUGCACAUACCCCUUUGCUACAAGCCGAGCUUUGUGUUUGUUGACUGAAUUGUUUGGAUUCAGUUUAGUUUUGAACACCCACUUUACUCCUACAUGCUUCUUGUUUGGUGGCAGAUUUGUUAGCUCCCACGUAUUGUUCUUUUCAAUGGCAUCAAUUUCUUCCUUCAUGGCAUUUCUCCAUUUUUCUUCUUUGAUUGCCGCUUCAUAUAAAAUUGGAUCCUCACCUGCAAAAAAUUCAAACAAAACAGCACCUUUUUCAUGAGUAGGUUUUGUAGACUCAUAGAUUUUUUGCAAUCUUCUCAUUUUUGUUCUUGGUGGCUCUUCAUCAUAAUCUUCUCUUCUAGAAGAAUUUGGAGGUGAAAGGGAUCCACAACUUAAAGAAUUGUCACAAUUUCAUUUGAGGUAUUAUCGCCUUCUUGAAAAAUUAUUGAUUGACUGCUCUCAUUACUUUCAAGGGUCACAUUUUCAUCGAACUUUACAUCCCGACUUAUCACAAUUUUCUUCGUCAAUGGAUUGUAUAAUUUAUAACCCUUAGACCUUUCACUAUAUCCAACAAAAACGCAUUUCAGAGCUUUAUCAUCCAAUUUAUUCCUUAUUGCAUUCGGUAUAUGGGCAAAAGCAAGACUACUGAAGAUCUUUAGGUGUGAAACUUUUGGUUUAGAAAAAUACCAGGCUUCAUGUGGAGUCAUGUUAUUCAAACUUUUUGAGGGUGACCAGUUGAUCAAAUAUACUGCACAAGCAACUGCCUCUGCCCAAAGUUCUCGUGGUAGUUGCUUUCUUUUAAGCAUGCAUCUUCCCAUUUCCAUAAUGGUUCAAUUUUUUCUUUCACAAACUCCAUUCUGCUGUGGUGAAUUUUGUACAGUCAGUUCAUGUCUUAUUCCAAGAUUUCUGCACAAUUUUUCAAAGUCCCUUGAAAGAUACUCAGUCCCACGAUUAGUUCUUAAUAUCUUAAUAGAAAAUCCAGAAAAGUUCUCAACUUCAGCUUUAAAAUCUUUGAAAGCAUAAAAGCAAUCAGAUUUUUCUUUAAGAAAAUAUGUCCAAACUAUUCUGCUAAAGUCAUCAAUGAAAGAGAUAAAAUAUCUGCUAACUCCAAGAGAUAAAACUGGAAUUGGUCCGCACAAGUCUGAAUGGAUAAGUUGUAGUGGUUGUCUGGCUCUCCAAGAUGACUUGUGUGGAAAUGAACUUCUAUGUUGCUUUCCAAGUUGGCAGGCCUCACAAACUUCAUUCAGUUGUUCAAUCUGAGGAAGACCAUCCACCAUUUUCCUUUCUGAUAACAAUUUCAAGGUUCAUAAUUUAAAUGCCCAUACCUGUCAUGCCAUUGUUUCGAAAUUUCUCUAUUUGUGCUAGUGAAAUGAGAAGCAACAUUAGUAACUUUUAGUUGAAUAGGAAACAGAUUAUUUGAUGUCAAUGGGAUCUUUGUGACAAUCUGAUUUUCUUUGGUCAAAAUGCACAAUUUAUCAUGUAAAUUGAUCUCAAAACCAUUUCUUAAAAGGUGGCCUGCACUUAAUAGAUUGCUUCGCAAACCAGGAACAUAAUAAACAUCAGACAUCUUUUCAAGCUUUCCCGUCUUAGUUUCGAUCGUUAUAUCUCCAAUCCCUUUAAUUGCAAAAGCUCUAGCAUCACCAACUUUGACUUGCCCUAAUUUUGAUUCCACCAGCUUAGAAAACAAGUUUUUGUUUCCAAUCAUAUGCUUACUAGCACCGCUAUCCAGAUACCAAACACCAUCAUUUUUCAAUUUUUCACAUGUUAAUAACAAAGUUUCAGAAGUGUACUUCUCAUGACAUUCAUUUUUAUGAAUGAAACUAGUUUAUGCUUUAUCCUCAUUUUUCUUGUUCUAGCACUCAUUGCUUUUAUGGCCAAGUUUGUGGCAGCAUUCAACAUAUUCCUUUCCCUUAUACCAGCAAUUACUACUUUUAUGAUUAGUUUUAUGACAGUAAUAACAUUCAGGGAAUUCUUUUCUACCUCUUUGAUGAUAUCCUCGGCCUCGACCUCUUUGAAAAUUGCUUGUGUGAUCAUACUUUACUUCUUCUUUGAACUCUCCACCACUUUGAAAUCCUCUUCCUCUUUCGCGAGAAUGGUGGUCUCUCCCUCGACCUCCAGGUCGUCCUCUUCCUCUAAAGGUAUUAGAAUUAGAGCCUCCCGAAAUUUGAGAUUUGAGUGCUUGAUCACGGAGUGAAGGAUUCCUGUUCUUUACUCGCAGUUCAUGAGAUUUUAACGAUGCAAGUAAAUCAGCUAAUGAAAGUGUUUCCAAGUCUUUAAAUUCCUCAAUUGUGGCAGCAGUGAAAUCAAACCUUGAUGGUAGACUUCGAAGAACUUUUUCAACAACUUUCUGAUCUUCUAAACGUUCGCCAUUGAAUGCCAUUUGAUUUAUAAUUGUAGUAACCCUUGUGAAGUAAUCAGAAAUACUUUCUUCUUCUUUCAUUUCCAAUUUCUCGAACUCUAAUCUCAAGGACUAUAAACAUACCUUUUUUACUCUCUCUUCUCCAAGGUGUGCUGUUUGCAAAAUUUCCCAAGCUUGCUUUGAAGUUUCAGCUUUUGCAAUUCGUCAAACACCAGUCUUUCAAUUGCCUCGUAAAUGUGGAAAAGGGCUUUACUGUCUUUUUCUCACUUUUCAUUCAAAGCAUUUCUUUGUGCUUGAGUCAUUCCAUCUUCAGUCUCCGGAUCUUCAAAACCUUUAUCAACAAUAUUCCAGAGCUUCAUAGAUUUCAGCAACACUUUCAUAUUGUGACUCCAAUAGUCAUAAUCUUCCCCAUUGAAACGAGGAAUAAGAGACCAGAUUACUUGGAUUUGCCAUGAUUUUCUUUUCCAGGAUAUGUUACUACUAUUUUAUUCAGAGAAUAAUUUUUGUAAUGGUCGAAAGCUCUGAUACCAAUUUGAAGGCAAGAAAAAAUUUGGAAUUAUAUUACCAGAAAUCUUCAUUCUUAUUGCCUUAAAAGUUACUGCAGAUUACAUUUCAAUUUAUACAUACUAGAGGACUCAGGGGAUUGCAUCAGAAUAAACGUGACUAUUACAUAUCCAAGAAGACUCCUUAAAUUACUCAAUCAAUUGUUGGAAUACUAGUAGACACUUGACUAAAAAUAAAGUUCAGUAAAUGAUUUUGAAUUCAUCAGUGAUCAUUAAUUUGGUUUAUUUUCCAACAGGAUUUAAUCACUUUAUCACAUUCUGUCACAUGUUGUCCCUAAACACAGUGUAACCAAUAUUUCAUGUAACCCUUAUUUGGCACCCUAUAAAUGAAAAUGAUAAAAUGAUGGUUGUGACAAUGUAUUUACAUUAAAAAGGUUAAAAUGUUUUUUAUUCUAACACUUUUAUGACAUAGUGGUAAGUUGGCUUGUAACGCAGCUAGCUAUUGUUGGAAGAUUAGUUGCAAUAUAACUGUCAAUACGUAUUAUUUAUUAACUUGGGAGAUGACUGCUGAUGGAGUUGAGAAAUUUGAAACCAAAUUAAAGUUCCGAUCCAAUUGAGACAAAUUAAAUUUCAGUGAUCUCAGGUGAAAUUUACUCUUGCCAAUAACUAGGACUCUGAUAGUUUACAACUAAAAAAAAAAGGCCAAAUCCUUGGCGGCGUGCAAAAUACAAUACUUACUUCCUUUAGCAUGAAAUGCAAGUUACAAGGGAAAAAUGCUCAAUAGCACAUCACAUGAAUUAUCAGCAACACAUGGAAAGCAACAUACUGCUCAUUAGUAAUUAAGCUCUUCUUGAUACAAGGCUUUUCUUUCUUCUGUAAAUUGUAGAUUGCUUUUCUUGAAUUUUCUGUCACUCUGCCUUCUCCUUCUUCUCAAUAUCUAUGGCCAUUGUUUCAAAAUUCAACGUUAAUCGACCAAACUUCACCAAUAAGUUGUGUAAGUCACUUAUAGUUUCUGGAUUCAUCCUGUAUAUAUUCUAUACCUUGUUGUCCAACCAUCCAUGUUGCUAUUCUUCCACCAUUUUUACCAGAUUGAGGCAGAAAGAUCCCAAAUAUUCCGAUCCUCCUCUCAUUCCUACCAAUCUUAGCCAUGUCGUGUUCGGUAUAGCAGGCUCAUCCAAAACAUGGAGGAACAGAAGAUGGUAUGUUGAAACAUGGUGGCGCCCAAAUAUAUCUCGAGGCUAUCUUUUCGUGGAUAGAUUUCCUAUAGAAUUUCUUCCAUGGCCACCUUCUUUGCCUCCCUUUCGUAUUUACCAGAAUACUUCUAGAUACAAAAAAUAUGAUAAGCACCCAAUCCCACAGGCCAUUAGAAUGACACACCUUAUCUUGGAGACAUUUAAGGCAGAAAACGAAGGCGUAAGGUGGUAUAUUUUGGCAGAUGAUGACACAGUCUUUUUCAUCAACAAUUUGGCCGAUGUUCUUGCAAGAUAUGAUCACAACGAGUUCUUUUACAUUGGAAUGAAUUCAGAAAGUCAUGCAUCAAAUGUUUAUCACUCAUUUGAUAUGGCUUUUGGUGGAGCUGGAUAUGCUUUGAGUUAUCCUCUUGCCAAGGCACUGGUGAAUAAUUUGGAUGUCUGUAUAAAGAGAUAUCCAACUCUAUAUGGAAGUGACCACAUUGUGCAGUCCUGUGUGGCUGAUUUAGGUGUCUCUCUCACUCGAGAAAAAGGGUUCCAUCAGGUUGAUGUACAUAGUGACAUAUCAGGUCUUCUAUCAGCACAUCCACAGGCUCCUCUUGUAUCCCUCCACCACCUCGUUUACGUCGAUCCAAUAUUUCCUUACAUGAACCACAAAGAAUCGCUGAAUCAUCUAAUGGAAGCUGUGAAGAUAGACGAGUCUAGGCUACUACAGCAAAGCAUAUGCUAUCACAAGCCCAAAAACUGGAGCGUCUCCAUAUCAUGGGGUAUACAGUGCAACUUUAUGAAGCCAUCUUCCUUCCAAGCAUGCUCCAGAGACCCCUCCAGACGUUUACGCCUUGGAGCAAAUACGUCUGGCCUUCAUUCCUUUUUAAUACUCGAAUUCCCUCCAAAAAUCCUUGUGAAGCUCCACAUUUCUUUUUCUUUGAUUCUGUGGAAAAUAAAAGCGAGGAUUAUUUCCUUACCAGCUAUAGUAGGAGAAUGCCUGCAGGUUCAAUGCCGUCUUGCCCCUCGACUGGCAAUCAUUCUGCUAAUCAUAUCUCCAAAAUAUAUGUUCUCUCCCCUAUAUGGAAACAUGAUUCAAUUGGAAGCAGAAGAGAAUGUUGCGAUGUUAUGCAUAUGACAGGCACGAACAGUACUGAAAUUAAGCUUCGUAAUUGCUUAGAGAAUGAAAUAGUGCCCUGAUCGAAUGAAGGAGCCAGUAUACACUGAUGUUACAAGGAAGACCGACUAACUACGAGGAUGUGUCGAUCAAAUUGUCAAUGAAUUCUGAAAGCAAAUUGUAAAAUUUUUCAGACAAACAUACAUAAGUGUAUCAUCACUUUGUUUUCAGUCUUUGGACGCAUCAGCAGAAAACUCAUUCACUUGCUAUUCAUUUUCCAUGUUCUUUUCUCUAGUUCGGUAACUUCUUAUGUAGUCAAUAUAUAUUGUCUCGAACUUUUUAUACCCUAAUACAUUUUUGACACUUCAGCCCAA